AUGGGUGUCACCCCGUUCCACCGAUCUAUCCUCGAGGUCCGGUUGCCGAAACACUUCGACAAACCAACGGACAUGAGGUAUGACGGAACUCAAGACCCUCUAGAACAUCUCACGGCCUUCGAAGCCAGGAUGAAUCUAGAGGGAGUAGGCGACGAAGUAAGAUGCCGCGCCUUCCCGGUAACCCUAGCAGGACCAGCGAUCAGAUGGUUUAACGGCCUCCCUCAAGGUUCCAUCUACAAUUUCUCAGACAUCAGCCGCGCCUUCCUGGCUCAAUUUACAACGCGGAUAGCAAAGGCCAAGCAUCCUAUCAACCUUCUCGGGGUAACCCAGAGACAGGGAGAGCCGACCAGGAGGUACUUAGAUCGGUUCAACGACGAAUGCUUGGAGAUUGACGGCUUGACCGACUCGGUGGCCAGUCUCUGCCUGACAAACGGCCUCCUCAACGAGAAUUUCCGAAAACACCUUACCACGAAGCCGGUUUGGACAAUGCAUGAAAUCCAGAUGGUGGCUAAGGAGUACAUAAACGACGAGGAAGUCAGCCGAGUCGUGGCUGCCAAUAAGCGGCAGUCCGGUUACGGCCAGGCUCGGCAGUCCGGUGGCGACGGUGAGAGAGCAAAAGAAAAGGCUAGGGAGGAGACAUCAAACAAAGCACCUAGGCCGUUCCCUCGAGUGGGGAAAUUUACUAACUACACUCCACUCACCCUCCCCAUUGUGGAAGUCUAUCAACAAAUAGCUGAGAAGGGAAUUCUUCCGAAGCCCCGACCACUUAAGGACCGUACGGGUGGAAACAAGAACCUUUAUUGUGAUUACCAUAAGGGGUAUGGCCAUCAAACACAGGACUGUUUCGACCUGAAGGAUGCACUAGAACAGGCGAUAAGGGAAGGAAAGCUAACAGCGUUCUCCCAUCUCAUCAGGGAGCCGAGAAGGCGUUAUCGUGAUCAAGACGAGGAAGGCAAGACACGCUCGGCCAAGCGGCGACAGGAGCCCGAAGACAGAGACCAUGGCCUCACUGUGAUAAACGUGGUAACGGCAAAAAACGCUGCACCAAAAUCCCGGUCGGCUCACAAGAAAGACGCCAAGGUUCUGGCGAUCUCAUCCCCACCGGUGCAAAGUACCAAGAGACCUCCGUCCAUUUCCUUCGGCCCAGAAGACCAAUGGUUCAGCGACGCCCCGGAAAACCCCCCAUGGUCAUAA